ACCGUUCAAGUACCUUCUCUCACGCUACCUAAGAUUCUCUCUCUCUCUCUCUCUCUACUCUACUCUACCCUACUUUCUCUCACUAAACCCAAACAAACGAGGGUUUCUCUCACUUUCGCACUCGAUUUCCUCUCACCCAUUUCUAAAUCUUAUCCAUAAAGUUGAUCUCUUAAGCUUCUUCGCGAAUUGAUCUCUCUUCUGAGACAUUUGCUUUGCAUUUCCAUGCUGUUUCAAGCCUGAUAUUCAGUCAACACGAGUUAACUUCCUGAAGAUGGAGACAAAUGUUAUUAGAGAGAGAACUUGUGAAACAAGUGCAAGCAAUCUUGUUACCAAGUCUAACAAUAACCAGACAUCUGCUGAGUUUGUUAAUGAUGUACAGAAGAAAGUGACGGACAAAUGCAGUCAUUUCUCUAUUCGUGCAUAUGUUGCUGAGAUUCGUAGAAAAGAUUGGAAGAUUUCUUGGCCAUUUUCUUCAGUUGGUGACGGUGAAGAACAAAAGGAGCAAGCAGACAUGCUUCCUCCGUUACACAUCCCUGAGUUCAGAUGGUGGGGUUGCCAAAACUGUCUCCGGAGUAGUGGUGCUACAGAUGUUGCGGCAGAUAUUAGAGUGGUUUCCAAUUCAUCUGAAGAGAAAAUUUGUGAAGGAAGGAAGGCCGGUGUAAAUGCUUCUAUGGACGUGAUUGAAUAUGAAUGUUGCCCAAUGGUAUAUAACAAUAUGAAAGAAAAGGUAGCUGAUGUCUUAUCAAAUGUCAGAGAAGAUGUGCUUAUUAUAUCUAGAAGCCUCAAGAACGGUGCAGCAAGGGAGGUGGAUCAGACAAGACCAAAACCAGCUCUUUCUGAAGAAAAGGAUGCUCAAUGCCUGAAUGAAGAAAUAUUCAAUGAUGAUGCAGAAACAAUAAAUCUCACUUCAAAAGUUGGUGCACUGGUCGAACUUGGUAAGCCAAAUUGUGGAACUAGUGGGGUUGAUGAAGUUGGGCUCGGUGCCCAAAAUCCAAAAUGUCCAAGCAACUCUUCAACUGAAAUCUGUCAAAUGAAAACCAGCAUAUCUAGAGUUUCUGAAGUAGCAAAAAUGAGUGAACAAAAAAGGGAUGUAAUGAUAUAUCAUGAGAAACUUGGGCAGGUGAAUGUGGAAAAUGAGGAUCUCGAUUCUCUCGUUAGUCAUUGUAGCAAUUAUUUUUCUUUGAAAUACAAUGAGAAUGAUGAGAAUCAGGAAGUGGAUAAUCUCCAUAUUCAACGUCACAGAUAUGAGCAAGGUGAUUCAAGCCGAACUCUGAUCUGUAGUAAACCACCAAAGGUCCGCUUACUGACUGACAUCAUGAGAAAGGAAACUCAGGGUGCUUCAACCAUCAUUCCCAGUUCUAAUGGAACUACAAAUUCUGGUAACAUUGUGAACUCUGAAGUCACUCGAACUAAAGAAACUGAUGGCUUAAAUUUUGACACCCUUUUUAAAAGUCUGGUGCCUGUUCAGGAAAAUAUUGGAAAGGAUACCGUGGGUAAGGGAAAGAAAAGGAAGAUGCUGCAAGUUGAAGACUAUGGACCUCUGCAGAUGAGGUGGUCGAUGAGUGCAUUUGGAAAUGUUCAAAUCUGUAAGGGAGAUGAAGAGAAUAAUUGCAUUAAAUCUGCAAUUGCUCAUUCUGAAUCAAUAAAUGAUGCAUUUGCUGGGGUGGAUUUACAUAGUGGUCUAGAAACACAAUCAAAUGAAUACAGGCCUGAUGGAAUGGUUAUUUAUAAUAAGAAGGAAGAUAGUAUGCAUCAUUGUGAAGAUGGAAAGUAUUGCCCAAAGCCUUCGCAAGAGAGUUUGUCCAGUGGACUGCAGCUUAUGAAUAGAUCUGUAGAAAGCAAGGAAACUGGUGCUGGAACUCUUCAAUUCAAAAUGGCACAAAACAUUCCUGAUUAUAAAUCGACCUUUUGUAUGAAUGAAAGUAAUGUUCCUGAAAAUGUGCAGGAGACUUUGAUACCUCUGCAAAAAGGCAUGCGGAGAGAGGACUUGAUUAGGGUAAGUGGUACAGAACCCUCUCAAAUUGGAACUGCUAUUUCUUCAUUUGGAUCUGCUCUGUAUGCAUUAUCUGGAAUAGGCAUGCAUCCUGAUGCUUGUAGGAAUAAACCUACUUGUAGAAAGGCUUUUGUGGGUGGGAUGCAAACAAACAUGGCUCUUGUUGAAGGUGAGAGUUCUCGAAUGUAUCAGGAUGGUGCCGUUAGAAGCACUGGAAUUGAACUUGUUCCUGGUAAAACAGCACAAGAUACAAUGUUGGAAAGAGCACUUCAUACUUCUCUUAACUAUUGCAUGGAUACAACAAAAAGGAAUACAAAAUUGUCAUUGCAGAAUAAUAAAACAGAGGUGCCUCAAGUUGAAGGUGGCAUAGCUAACUUUAUGCCUCAUCAUGAGGAUGUGAAGAAAGCAGAGUUGGUUACAAGCGAGGAUGUAGGGAUCAAGCCUGCUGUAGCCAAUAGCAUAUCUUUACCAUGCCCUCAUUCACCAUCCGGAAAAGUUGCGCAUUGUGGUUUGAAAAGUAUAAAAUCUUCACUUAGAAAGGCUAGCACAAGUACGAAACUAAAUGACAUGUCUCAAGUUCAAGAGCGCGCUUCUCCUUUAGAGCCAAAGGAUUGUCCCAUCAUAUGCAAUUACAGAAACAACAUGGAUGUUCAAAGGCAUUCAGAGUUCUUAAAAAACAAAUCUAAUGAUGGAGCUGAUAAGGUGUAUGAAUUGGAUGAUGACAUACCCAUGGAAAUUGUGGAGCUCUUAGCUAAGAAUAGGCAUGAGAGGCGUCUCAUUGAGACUGAGAAGGCUAAUCGAAAUAAGUACAGCAUGCCAGAAACAACAAAGAAUGUGAAAACUGCUGAUACAGUGGAGCUCACAGGAGUUCUUGAAGAUGAGAUGGCAGAAUAUUUACUGGAGAAGGACUCUCGAAUGCAAAAAUCUCAAUCCAGCAAUGGAGGAGGUUGCAUAUUUGCUACAGAUAGAAGUGUCGAAGUAAGACCGGUUGGAGAAACAUCAUUUAAAUGCAAUUCUCAUAAUAAGGAAGCCUGCAAAAGCAUUGGUUCCAAUGUAGACCAUUUAGAAGAAUCUCACGACACUAAGGGCUUAUUGGAAUUUCCAAUCUCUCAAGGGAACCAUUCACAUGAAAACGAAGUUGCUGAAGCUGGUGCUAUUAGGAACUUUGGUUUUCAAAGAGGCAGAUGGAAUUGGGAUAUACCGGCCCAAAGUUGUCCUAACACUUGUUUACAGUGUUGUUUAAAAACAAGUCCUAAAGGUUCUUGUCCAAGGCAAUGUAGAGAUGCACAUCAUGUUUGCUUCAUGAAUAUGGCAGAUGGCCCUUCAGAAAUUGACUACUCUCAGAGGUUUGCAACCCUUUCCCGGAGGCAGCAUAGAGACUUUGAUUUGAAGAUGUCUAAAAAGAUGAAUGCAGACCAACCAUGUGCUUGCACACAGAAAAAAGUUGGGAGCUGUUCCAAGCUUGUUGGUACUUCAGAUCUGUGUUCUAAUAAAAGCAUGUCAGCGAUGCAAUUGCUCAGACUCAUGGAUUCAGGGAUUAGCUCAAGCACAUCACCUAAUGUAGAUAAAAACAUUGAGUUUUCUAAGAAGCCUUCCUUUCCCCGAAAUUAUUAUGGUAAGGAGCUAUCUACACUGAAUGAUGGAAUAUUUAAGAUUAGAGAAGCCUCUAAACAGUCAUUUCCUGCUUGCUUAGGCAAAAAUCAUAGCAUAGGGGAGUCGGGGAAACAUUUUCCUUCAGAAGAAAUGGUGUCUCAUAGUUCUAAAUCUCGGGAAAAGACAGUAACGAAAAGCUCAUGUUUACCCAUGCCAGCUUCAGAUUUUAGAUUAGAUGGCUCUGCAUCUGGAAGUGGAAGUUUGGGCAGAAAUCAUAAAUCAUUUCCCAUCAAUGGUUUGAAGAAAGGAUUUCAUUCUGCUUCAAACACUAUGGUGCUCCCUUUGAAGUCUCAUUUGACUGAAGGUUCGAUUAAUAAUGCUGAGGUGAACAAGAAGGGUGAAACAUAUUGGCCAGAGAAAGGCAAUUGCAGGACUGGGAUCUGCUCUGUUAACAGAAAUCCAGCUGAUUUCAGCAUACCAGCAUCAGGAAAUGAAUUCAUGAGAGAAGGUGCAGAUAUAAAAUGUAGGAAAAAGAUUGCAAAACGGGGCAGACCUAGACUGAAGAUGAUGAAGCUCGUGGCUCUUAAAGAACCUGCACAAAAUUGAAUUCUCAAAAGUGCUGGAUAUCCAGAGCUUUGCUUGAAAUUUCAAAGAGAGAGCAUGUGUUCUGUUCCCAGCCGGUGUAAUCAAAAUCUAAUAUCUCAACUAGCCUGCUACAGCUGCUGAAAGACAAUGGAAUCUUAUAGUAUAUUUUCUACUCCUGUAUGGUUGGCCAGGCUAGACAAUUGUCAUGAAGUGAUUUUCAGCUAUCGUGUUUUACUCUUCAUCUCCGUACGUGUGGAUGUGUUUUAAGUCCCAUACGUAAAUGUCAAACCAGGAAAUGAGGAAUUUAAUUAUAUAUAUACCUGAACCUCAUUUGAAGAAUGUUUACAAUCAUAUUUUCAUGGUGAAUGAUAGUGUAAAGUAGGGCAUAUGCUCUUUGAAACC